AUGUUUUACUUUUACUCCACAGCUAUUCCUGGUCCCCCAACUAUUGUUGGUGACUUUGAGAGAAAUGAAGGAGAAACUGCAACACUGACCUGUAGCUCUGUAGGUGGCGAUCCUCUUCCAGUAGUAGAAUGGUAUAAGAACUAUGAACUGGUUGAUCCUGGAAGCAGUAGUACAGGGAAUGGUGAUGGAGUCUAUCUAAAUGGAUCCCAAAAGGUUACGUACAACAACUACACGUUUACAGUGUCGAGAUUUGACAAUUUUGUCGCCUACAUCUGUAGGGUAAAAAACUCUGCAAUAUCCAACGAUUUAACCCGAUCAUGGAUCAUUAGUGUUUAUGUACUAGCACAACAACCUGUCAUUAGCGGUCCAGAACCUGCCAUCAAGGAUGCUCUUGUUGCUGACAAUGUUUACAAAUACACGUGUGAAGUAAACUCUUGUCUACCUGUACCCCAAAUUCUAUGGAAACUUGGAAGAAGUCUGUCAAAUUCAGUGGAAUUUCAUGACGGGAUAUCGGAAAGCACCUUUACUAAUGUUGACAGUACACUGGGAAAGAUUAGCAAUCUUAACUGGAUUCCCGCAAUUGAUGAUAAUGACAAUGGAAAAAACCUUUAUUGUGAGACAGUUCAAACUACAGCUGGUGGAAGCUCAACCAGAAAAUCCUCCUUUGUUCCAAUUAAUGUUAUUGCUAUUCCGGGUUCCCCAAGUAUUAAUGGUGAUUCUGAAAUAAAUGAAGGAGAAACUGCAACACUGAGUUGCAGUUCUAUCGGUGGUAAUCCUCGACCCUCAGUGGAAUGGUAUAAGAACAAUCAACUGGUUGAUCCUGGAAGCAGUAGUACAGGGAAUGGUGAUGGAGUGUAUGUAUAUGGAUCCCAAAAUGUUACGUACAACAACUACACGUUCACAGUUUCAAGAUAUGACAAUUUGGUUUCCUUCAUCUGCAGAGUAAAAAAUUCUGCAAUGUCCAAAAAUUUAACCCGAUCAUGGACCUUUAGUGUUUAUGUAUUAGCACAACAGCCUGUCAUUGACCGCACAAAGCCUGACAUAACUAACGUUUUUGUUGCUGACAAUGCUUACAAAUAUACGUGUAUAUCAAAAAAUGGUCGACCUGCACCGAAAAUCCGAUGGAGACUUGGAAUAAAUCUAUCAAAUUCAGUGGAAUUGUAUGAAGGAAUAUCAGAAAGCACCAGCAAUAAUGAUGAUAGUACACGAACCAAGAUUAGCAAUCUGAGUUGGGUUCCCACUAAUGAUGACAAUGGAAAGAAUCUCUAUUGUGAGACAAUUCAAUCCACAGCUAGUGGCAGCUCAACUAGAAGAUACUCCUUUGUAUCAAUUUAUGUUUUCGCAAGCAACCAUGCGAUAAAAAACAAAACAAACACAGUCUUUUCCCCAGCUUUCUACGGUGUUACCACGAUUCUAUUUCUAAGCAUUUUUCUCAACAUAUUUUUUAUUGUGCGGAAUGUAAGAAAAACCGGAAAAAGUUCAGAAAAGAAAAAGAAACACCAAAACUCGAUGAAUGUUGAAAACAGAUCCGUGAAUGAAAUGGUGGAAGAUAACGUGGGCUAUCAAGAACUUGGAGAGAUGAGUCCACCCGCCAUUUAUGAAAAAGUAGACAGAGUGGAAGAUAUCGAAAGGUUUCAAAUAGAUGUAAUGAUGGGAGGAGAAAAUUUUAGAGUUUUAGUUACCCCAGGGAUAGUAGAGAUGCUUAAUUCCUCUGAUAGGUUUAUUGAACUUGUACAUGUAAGAUAUCCUUCUGUAAGACAAGUUUGGAUAAAUAUUGUAAAAAAAGAAAUAGAAUCCAAAAAGACCAAAGAAACGUCUGUCACAAGUAAAAUGGAGAAAGGAAAUAAUACUGAAUGUAACAAGACAAAUGAGAAGUCUGUCAAUUCUGAAUGCAACAAGGCAAAUGAAAAGUCUGUCAAUUCUGAAUGCAACAAGGCAAAUGAGAAGUCUGUCACAAAUAAAGCGGGGGAAAGGAAAAGAUGA